CAGCUGUUUUUGGACUCUGAUCCUGAUAUUUUGGCGGAUUCAACGAUAAUGGCAGCGCAACAGCAAGUCUCAUUGAAAAAGCAGCAAGAGCUGCAGGCGCAGUACACGACCUACAAAAAUAAUUUGCAACAGAUAGCGCAGAAAAUCGGUGAUAUUGAGCAGGAGACUGAAGAACACAAGGUCGUUCUUGAAAGUCUUGCCCAAGCACCGCCGGACAGAAAAUGUUUCCGAAUGGUAAACGGGGUGCUCGUCGAACGAACCGUCAAAGAUGUCAUUCCUGCACUACAAACAAACUCUGAGGGCCUCAAAAAAGUGCUGGAAGAGCUGUUGAAGCAAUACAAGACGAAGCAGGAAGAGAUGGACAAAUGGAAGAAGAAGAACAAUGUUCAGGUCGUACAGCAGUAAACGCAACCAGCGCCUCUGCAGCAUUUCCCGGUUCACGAUCUCGGCGUAUAAGGAGUUGGAUAAAUGCGAAUUAAAAUUUCAAUGCUUGUGCUACAUUUCCAUGAAGAUGGAAUAGAAGAAUAUCUGGCCUGCAAAAUAGAAACUAGCGUCGAUACUCGCAAAUGCUUGAAGUAUCUCUCAGCGAAGACUUUAACAAUGUGAUGAAAU